UCCACCCUCAGUGGGAAAAAUGUGCUUCCGCGCUACGUGAUAUUGCGAACGCGAUCAUCAGGAUUCGUGCACCUUCAAUUGUGCUGUGCCAUCACCAGUGCGCUCGGACGCCGCGGAUAGAUGUUCUACCGCAGCGCGCACUCUCAUUGGUCGUCGCGCGUAUUCGUGCAAUCGGAUCGACAUUCAACGCAAGUAAAUCUGACCUCCUCCUCCUCCCUCCUCGUCUCGCCGUCGUGCCUGUCGUCGUGAGGGUCCUCGCGCGCGCAGUACAUUCACCGAAUUUCACCGUGACCGACCCCCGUGGGGGGCAAAGCCUCGCGCUAUCGCCGCGAUCGCUACCGCCACCACUGCCUCGUUUCUGUCUCUCGCAGCAGCGCCGUCAACAACAACGGGGAAAGCGACGACGACGACGACAAGCGCGAGCGCAGCGCCGCCGCCAUCAGCGCGACCGCCAUCGUAACGAGGUGCGCUAUUCCGUUCACCGCGACUAGGCCGCGAAGAAAUGUCCGUAGGUCCGAGAUCGAUCAGUCCGAGUUCCCGUACGACGAGCAUGGAGGUAGUGGUGACGCCGUCGUGCCUGUAACGCGAGCGAGCGAGCGACCAGCACGACGCGUAUCCGUCGCCGCGCGCGAACCGAGCAUCGCCAACUCCACCACGCUCACGAACGGGUCAGCUGCUGCUGCUGCUGUUCCGUGCUGCCUCCGCUAGUUUGUUGGUGUGUGCAUUAGUCGCCUCGCUGCUGCCGCCGCAGCCGUGCGAUCGUGAUUAUUUUCUAUUCGAGGGGCGUCGCACGGACUUUCCACGUACGAUGGAGCUGCGUGUUGGUAACAAGUACCGGCUCGGACGGAAAAUCGGGAGCGGCUCCUUCGGCGACAUUUACCUAGGUACCAAUAUUUCCACGGGCGAGGAAGUCGCCAUCAAGUUAGAAUGCAUAAAGACGCGACAUCCGCAGCUGCAUAUAGAGUCCAAGUUUUACAAGAUGAUGCAAGGAGGCGUUGGAAUACCUACUAUAAAGUGGUGUGGUUCGGAAGGUGACUAUAAUGUGAUGGUGAUGGAAUUACUCGGACCAUCACUGGAGGACUUAUUUAAUUUUUGUUCAAGACGUUUUACUCUGAAAACAGUGCUGCUCCUUGCUGAUCAAUUGAUAAGUAGAACAGAUUACAUUCACAGUCGCAACUUCAUUCAUCGUGAUAUUAAGCCGGACAACUUUCUGAUGGGUCUGGGAAAAAAGGGAAACCUAGUUUACAUCAUAGAUUUUGGACUGGCCAAGAAGUAUCGUGAUGGGCGCACACACAAGCAUAUACCUUAUCGAGAAAACAAGAAUCUGACGGGGACGGCCAGAUACGCGAGUAUAAACACACACUUGGGGAUUGAGCAGUCACGGCGGGACGAUCUUGAAUCUCUGGGCUAUGUCCUCAUGUACUUCAAUAGGGGUAGUUUACCUUGGCAGGGAUUGAAAGCAGCGACUAAGAGGCAAAAGUAUGAACGCAUUUCCGAGAAGAAAAUGUCCACUCCUGUAGAAGAACUCUGCAAGGGUUAUCCCGUUGAGUUCGCGUCGUAUCUAAGAUAUUGUCGAGACUUACGUUUCGAGGAGAGGCCGGAUUACUCGCAUCUCCGACAGCUUUUCCGAACGCUGUUCCACGGUCAGGGCUUCACCUACGACUACGUCUUCGACUGGAAUAUGUUGAAGUUCGGUAACGCGAGACAACCGACAUUACCCUCCGCGCAGCAAGCGCCCAUGCACUCGCAGCCGUCUAACGCGGCGCUGCCUUCCGGGACCAACAACGAUCAAGAACAUCGAUCAAGGCCCUACACGCGGCAAUGUUUGCCGAACGCGUCCGUAGCGACGGUGGGCCCGACGCUUGGACCGAACGCAAGUCUGCGAGCAAUCCGGCAGAAACGCGAGAUGGAGACUCGUGGCGACCAGGACAAUCAGGACAAGAGUGAUCUUCAAGCAUCGGGUGCGGGUGGCCAAGAACGAAGAGUCAGCAUGCGGUUGCACCGUAGAGACGCGCUUCUAGCCGCUGCAGGAGAAAUGCAACCCAAGUCCAAGAAGCGCCAAUGCGACGGCAAUCGCACCAUCCACCCUGUUGGUCAGGCGGGCAAGCGUGCAACACAACAAGUGAAUCAGCAGCAGCAAUAGCGGAAUUAUCAUCAUCAUCAUCAUUAUCGUAACCAAUAGCGUCAUUUGUCAGAAGCGGCUAUCAGCGACUAUCGCCGUUGGCAAGACACGUUAUCGCCUGCCGCGAACCGGAAGUGAACUCGCGUGUGGUGUUGCGCGAUCAUCCGGCGAACGGUGACACGAUGCGACACGAUUUUUCAUGUGACACGGGACCGCGUGGACAGAUCAGUGAUAAUGCUCGCCCGUGUGCAUGAUGGUGCCUACGUUACGAUGUUCGCGCGAUGAAUCGCAAGAGUCAUUGAAAAACGAUUGAAAGCGCCUCUUCGUACCGCGUGGACGAUGAUAAUAAGGAGAUACAUCGUUUGUUCUCGCAGUACUCUUAAAGAAACAGAAUAUGCGUUGUGGGGAACUGUGACAAAACAAGGUUGAGUAUGUCCACCGCGUCUUCGAGAUCUCAUCGCAGCGCGCAAGACUCUCAAGAGAAUUACACUUGCUCGAGUCAGUUUUAUCAGAAUGACUUGGAUCUACGUUACUCGAUACGAAUGUCAGUUUGCAAAAUGUUCCCGACAUUGUUGACGAAUACAUUUUCCAGUCUAGAAUUCACACCAAUCGAACACAAGUCUGAAACAAUUUCUGAUCAAAUGGAUUCAUGCGAGUGUAAUUCGUCGGAGAAUCUGUCCGGACCAGAACUCGUAUCGAUCGACAGAGAUUAACAACGCUUAAGAAUCGUCGAGCCCAUCGUGUCGUGAUCGUUUUCUUCUCAUUUCUUUUACGACGAAUCGCAAAUGUACAGUACGCGACUUCGAUGAUGGAUUCUCGCAGUUGCUCGUAAAUACAUAAUAUGAAUACUU